CAAUUGUUUUCUCUAUGACAACAAUUUAAAUAUGUAUCUCUUCCUCUCUCUUUCUUCCUCUCUCUCUCAUUACCUCCCUCCCAUAGUUCCUCCUCAGACCCACUGAGCUACCCAUGUCUCCCUCCUGUGUGACCCUGGCCCUGGGGCUGCUGCUCCUGGUAGGUACCCAUGCCCAGAUCAAGAUCUUCAACCUGCGUGCCACCAACCUCCCCAGCGACCUCCUGGGCACCACCGACGCCUACGUCAAGGUGUUCUGCGGCCCCGACGCCCUCGGGACAACCUCCGUCCGCAACAAUGACAAGAACCCCUGGUGGCAGGAGGAGUUCAAAUCCUUCAAGACCGUGGAGAAUGACGUCCUGAGGUUGGACGUGUAUGACAGCGACGUGCUGGUCGACGACCACCUGGGAACCUGCCAGAGGAAGGUGGAGGGCGGCACCCACCAGCACGACUGCUUCCUGAAGAAGGGAGGCACGCUUACCUACUCCUACACUCUUCAUCAGUGAAGAUGUGUUAGCUGCUCUUGCAGGGAGGCGUGAGGAUAGAGAUGCAUCCUGCUACUCGACACUCUUCAGCAGGGCAGCAUGGGGAGGUCCCAGUGAGAUCCCCACCAUUAACCAAGCAUGGGGAGGUCCCAGUGAGAUCCCCACCAUUAACCAAGCAUGGGGAGGUCCCAGUGAGAUCCCCACCAUUAACCAAGCAUGGGGAGGUCCCAGUGAGAUCCCCACCAUUAACCAAGCAUGGGGAGGUCCCAGUGAGAUCCCCACCAUUAACCAAGCAUGGGGAGGUCCCAGUGAGAUCCCCACCAUUAACCAAGCAUGGGGAGGUCCCAGUGAGAUCCCCACCAUUAACCAAGCAUGGGG